AUGGUGUGCGAGAAGUGUACGCUGCGUUCUUCUGUUGACGCUAUGUUUUCUCUUGAUCUUGCAUUCCACUCCGAGUUUCUCAUUCGUCUUCCCUUUUCUCUCCGUCGGGUUUCAGGCGAGAAAAAAUUGUCGAAGGUGAUCGUUCCCGACAAGUGGAAAGAGGGUGCCAGCAACACCACUGAGAGCGGCGGCCGCAAGAUCAACGAGAAUAAGCUCCUUUCCAAGAAGAACAGGUCCGUUCCUCGUCUCCUCGCCUUCCCGAGUUUUCAUCGUAUUUACUUUUCCUCUGGCGUUCUGAAACCUGGUAGUGAUCGCUAGGGGUGGUCUCUCCCCUAUUUGUGUGAAGACUUAAUUAGUUGUGAUUUGGCAGUCGUCGUCAGAUUUUAGGUUAUCUUAGUCCUGUACCCAUGAGCUCAGGCUAUGGUACCGAGACUUGCUGGACGUAAAUCGUGCACGUAACCGAGUAAUGUUGCUCAAGAGAGGGGAAUGUCAGUUUCCUCUCUUGGAUCACAACUGUUUUCUGAAAGUGGUUAUCAUUAUGCAUCCAUAGUUUUAGAACCGAAGGAUCAAGACUAGAUCAUUUUACAGAUUCUUAUUGCACCUUUCUGACAACAUAGAACAGGAAUAUUUCUUCCGUGAUCUGGGGAAAUUAAAUUUUCAUCAAAGGAAAUCAUGUCUCCUAUUGGGGAAAAGAUUUUUAUAAUAAAUUUCAUUCAAACCAUUUAUAAAAAUCAGCGAACGGUGUUCAGAGGGAGGAGAAAGACUGAAGAGUUAGAGCGUUAUCUAAUAAGAUGCUAGACUGUAGGUUGUCUAUGGAGUCCAAUUAGAUAUCCAUGACACAAGAAGUGCAGCGUCUCCACUUUUUUAUGUUAUGAAUGGCACGGGCAAAUUUUUUCUUCUCCUUGAAAAAUAGGGAAGAUCAGAGAAGUAGACACCUGAUGUAGACAUUUGUGGUAGGAAGAAGCAGUCCUAAUUACAGAGGAAAACAAGCAAUAAGAUCGAAUCAAAAGAGGGUGCACAUAGAUCCAUAUUGGUUCACCAUCAAUGCAGAAUCAAAAGAGGGCUACGCUCACUUGCUGCUGCAGAAUCACAUGGAAGAGUUCUUUUAUCCCCUUUCCUGAUGGCUGUCCUAUUGAUGCCCUUUUAUUACAUGAAAUUAGAGGAAACCCUUAACAUAAAAGAAUGCCUUAAGUACGUUUUUAUAUGGCUGAUACGCAUGCUUACGGUUUAUCAAGGCAGAUAACAAUCAGAAGUUAUCGUAAAAUCUUCUCUUGUUGUAUUUCAGUGUGUAUAGACCAAAGCAUUGCUAGCUAUGGGGAUUUGUGGAGUGGUAAAGCAAUAAAUUGGUCGGAUAUUGACUAUGUCAUUCUGAAAAGAACUUUAUUCCUGAGUAGUCGAAUUACUCCAUUCCGGGUCCGUUAUUCCAAGGCUAUUAGUCGAAUUAUGCACAAGGAAAUUGCUUGAUUCCUGAGCUAUGUCACAAGGUAGAACUGCAUCUUUGUCUGGCUUGUGAAGAAUUUUUUUCCUGGCAUUUUCAGGAAGUCUCUUUCUAGCUAUCUUCCAAAAGAAGCUGACAGUUUUGAGUAGAUUAUUUUUAACCAAAUCGUAUUUUUGGUAGAUAUGGAAACCCUUGUGACAUAAAAUCCUGAGGGUUUCACUGGAAAACGACCUUGCCUUCACGUGAAAACGACCUUUCAUGUCUGGAUUCAGGUUCGAUAUUAGUACUGUUGUCUUGAAUUGUAUCAUUUUGAGGUGUGAGCUGGUGUGAUGAACCUACAAUUUGAGGUUGGCUAAGAGUCAAUAUUUCGUUGAAGAAAUGGUAUCACCCAGUGCUAAUUGUUUGACAUUACUCAAUGCUGAAGAAUUUUUAGCCGAGAAGACCUGAUCUCUUAGCUUCCUCGCUGAAUUUCAUUGCUAAGCCGGGGAAAAAGAAGUUUAGGUUGCCAGUAGUGUAGCUAAUAGCUAGGUAAUAUCUCUCGACUAUCUCCAGUAGUUUUAUAAUAAGAAAAGAGGAAGUUUAGGUUUAAAAGCUUGGUGCCAUCUGCAUAAUAAUACCUAGUUUUUUUAUUUUUUUAAUUUAGUUCUAGUCAGUGCACCAGUAGAGUUAACGGACCUGAUAUUUUAUUUACCUGAUUUACAGCGUGAUAAAGUUCCCUAUAAUGCCUCUGUGAUUCGUUUUUUCUCCGAUUAGUCAUGUUUUACUGAUCUUUGAUGUCAGGAACAUGUUUAUUACGGCUGUGUACAUCUUUCAUGGCUUGACUGAGAAUUACCAAGCAUUUGGGUCUUUUAUUUAUAUUAUGCUUUAGCUUUCUUUUUAAAUAUGAAAGCACUGCAUUUUCCCCCCGUUGAAGUGUGUGUCUGUUUCUCUGAUUCGUAACAUCUAGGCAUUCUUUAAUUGCUUUGAAGACUUGGGGAUUAUAAAAAUGGGUUAUGUUGCAGAUGGACCCCCUACGGAAGCACCAAGUGCAUAAUUUGUAAGCAGCAAGUCCAUCAGAAUGCAAAAUACUGUCAUACCUGUGCCUACUCCAAAGGUAUGAUGUCUUGUGCUGCCUCCCCCUAAUUGGAUCGUUCCUCUCUCCUUAGUGUACCUAACACACUACCGGUGGGUGGGGAGGUGUUGUCCAAAUAUCAGCCUCAUCUGUUUUCUGGGCACUUGGCGGGAAGGUUCCACGAAGAUCGUCUGUGUUAUUUUGCCCUCCGAAGUAGUUGCCGGGAUUGGACCAAUAUGCUCCUAGCUUCUCUACUUGAUGAGCCUGAGCCUCCUUGUUGAAAGAUCUGUCAGCAAAACUGGCUCUGAAAGUGAGUGAGGAAAAGAAUGGCUUGGGCUGACCAGAAAUGUGCGAUCGUUAUUUAUAGCUCUCUGUCAUGAGAGAUGUCAUUAGCCUCUGGCGAUUGGAGGCUGCCUUGUUGUUUAGAAAAAAAAGUAAAAAAUGAUCUAGAUUCGGACUCUGACGCCUGCACCUUUUUGUGUGCAGGAGUCUGUGCCAUGUGCGGGAAGCAGGUCCUCGACACAAAGUUGUACAAGCAGAGCAACGUAUGA